CUCCAUCAACUGAACUAACUUUCUUUGCUUACAUUGUAGUGAUGUUGUAACAACAACAACAACAACAACAACAACAACAACAACAACAACAACAACAACAGCUAAGGAUACCAGUUCCGGAUCUACAGUUUUAGCCCUUGGGCUCGUAGCUGGAUUGGCAGUCAUUGCGCUGGUCAUCACCCUUGUCGUUGUGUUUUUUGUCUAUCGUCGACAUCGUAAGAGAAGCACCCCGGCUAACAAUGACUACACGGAUAUAAAUGUGAGAGAAGUGGACAACACUGCCUAUGAAUCAUCUGUUGGAAUCCCGAACCAGUAUGAACGUUUAGAAAACGAGCGUUCAAAUGGAAAGAAUCCUAAAUCGGGAUUGUACAUGGACCUGGACGACACAACAAAUGCACAAUCAAACCAAUCACCCAAACAAAAUGACACGACCGAUAGUAUCUACAACAGCAUAGACGAGUAUGAACCGAAUGGGGAUCAGGGUUAUGCUCAAACUUGCGACCUUCCACACCGUUCACAAGACGUGGCCUGUCCUGUAGAUAUCCCUGUUACGUCAGCUGACUAUCUUGUCCCAGAAAAACAACAAGAAGAAAAUUCUUCUCAGUGGUUGACUGAGAAUUUGAACCCGACAGAAAACUAUUUCGUCCUUGAGAAGGACGAAGACCGAGUCCCAUCAGACCUGACGGACAAUGAUACCGACACAGGAGUCGUUAACGUAAACAAAGCAGAUACUUAUUUUAUGUUAGAAGAACAGACGAACAAACAAAACAACGAAAAUGUACCAACCGACAAUCAUUUCUUGCUCGAAAAAGAAAACGAAAUCAACACAAAAGAAGGAACUCCCAAUGAUGAUACGUACAACAUAUUAAACAGCGAUAUAAAUAAUGAAAAAGAUGAAAUCACCGAAGAAGACUACUCUCACGCUAGAGGUGCUGGUAUUUCACAAGACAGAAGAACAAGGGAGACAACUGUGGAAGAAAACUGUGAAGACUAUGAUCAGUUAUUCCAAAAACCUAACAACAACGUUGUGUAUGAUGCUGAUAACGAUUACGACCACAUGAACAAUGACGAUCCUUUGACCUCCCUUUGAUUAAAUCAAGCGCGGUUUGUCGUUCCUCUUAUCUUCUAUUCAACGUUGCUACCCUACAGAAAAUAAUAUGAUAAUGUCUUAAUACAUUCGUUACAGAUGACACUGGCCCAUUGGAGUUAUCUCCCAUUUGAACAUUGAUGUAUUAAUAGCACGUCGACAAAGCUCUUUCCUCCUAAUGCUAGAAAAAGUGUUUGUUAUUUUAGUCUUGACGUAUGCAUUGUUUAAACUUCCUGGAGCAUGGGAAGCAUGAGACAACUAGAUGUAUAUCCUUGUGUAUCAGAACUUAAUAUGUACAUUUGUAGACAGAAUGUUUCAAACUAUAUCACUCCUACUUUACUACAGAAUGUAUGAAACCUUAUUCUAAUGCGUAAUAUAUGUAAUAGUGCUUAGUGUUAACCUAUUGAUAUGUUGUUAUAAACCACAGUAAGGUUUAAUAAUAUUAACAUUUUACCAAAUUAUUUCAUUAACAACUGUAUAGUCCAGAUACUAUCAUAUUAAUGUUAUCCAAUAGUAAUAAAUGUAUACUGGUCUUCCUAUAUUACCCUUUCCCAAAUUUCUUCUUUUAACGAACAUCGAAAUAGUUUCUUUACCAUGUCAUUUUGCAGUAUUUUUGCAUAAAAAUAUAAAUUUAUCUUGUUCCUUUACAUCUAUAUUUCAAAGACUGAUUUUUUGGGGGUUUUUUCGUUCAUAUGAAGUAUGUCCAAUAUCAACGGCGCUUUAUCUUAUUGUAAAAAAUAAAUAUCUUACAUUUUCACAAUUACAAAUACGGUAAUAGUCAGUCGAUCAUUCAUAAUUCAUAAAGGUGUAUUUUACUACACUUUACUAGAUUCUUCUUAUUUGUAGGAAUGGGGAUGACAUGUACAUUCUUACCAUUUUGUAAAUACCUUUUUAUCUAUUGUGUUUAUGUUAACCUCUCAAUUAAGAUAUAUACUAUAUACAUUUUUAAUAAUACUCAAUCGUAUCUGUACUACAAACUGUUUAAUUUACACUAACCCAAUAUGUCAACCACUUCGAACAAAAGGUUAUUUCAUGUAAAGAGAUAAUUCCGUUACAAUAGCACAUUGAAUUAAUUAACACUUUGUUUCAUGUAUAAGAAUACUUAAGGAUGUGAUAACCUACUGUAAAUUGAUGAUAGUAUCUCUGCUCAAAAAUGAUCGAUACAUGUUUUAAUAGCCAAUAGUAGGCAUCUAUAUAGAUAAUGUUAAUAUUUAAAAUAUGCUCAGAAAUUACCGCUACAAAUGUGUCAUAUAAACUCUACAAGUAGGUUGAAGCUGGAAUAUUCCUACUGACGAUAUUAAAAUUUAAUUCAACUUAAUAAUAAGGAACAAUUGUCAGGAAACUGAUGAAGUUGAAUAUUAUAUUUCUACGUUUAAAGAAGAAAAUAAUCUCUUGUUUUCUACUGUUACUUAAACUUUGUUUUGUUAUUUCCCCACUUUACAAACCAAUCAACUGAGAGUUUGGUUGAUUGUAAAUAUAAUAUAAAAUAUAAAUACGAUAUCACAAUAGUAUUGACCUAUUCAUUUACUGACGUCACAGUACACCAUUCUUUUUGUAACAUUUGUAUGGGAGAUUUACUUUAUAUAUCUGUACAUGCGAUCCACAUUGAAACCUUAACAAGAAUUAUUUAAUAAAAAUAAUAUAUUUAGUUUUCUUAAUGAAUACAUAUAACAAACAUAUUCACCACACAAGUAACAUAUUACGUUUUUCAAAAAAUGUAAUAAAUAUAAUUAUAUCCCCCGUGGUGUCAGAGUGUAUGCGUCGCUGAAGAUGAAGUCUUAUUGUUGUCGCAAAAAGGAUAAUUAUUAAUAAACGAUUAUCAA